GCAGGAGGCGGGGUACUGGAAUAAACUAUUCAAAUAAUAUACUAAUAAUACAAUUAUUUAAUGAAACAUCACACUUAAAUUUUGAUGGAGCCAAGUUUGGUAACCAAAAUAUCAAUGUGCAGGUGUACUUAAUGUUGAGGCAUGUGACUGCACUACUAUCGAGUUUGUGUAAUUCAGUCUUAAGAUUUGUAUUAAAUAUACAGACAGAUUCCAUUCUACGCUCAUGAUUGCUUCAUGUCGCAUGAUUGCUUCACCUCAAUUAGUUUGUACCUGGCUGCAGGCCUUUAAACGUGCCGUAAUAUAAUUCUCCUGCUUCUUUGGAGAGGGCCUGUCCACCGUGCCUGAUGAAAGGAGGCCUUUCUCGGGAUAAAGACAGUAGGACACUUGGGGGCGGACUGGAGAGGAUAUCAGGAACUCUAACGCGCCGCGUUGGUCUGCAAGGCCGGGACGCUUGGUUUCAACGACGCACGCCCAGAGUGUAUGCUUCUCUCGGUCGGGAGAGAGGGACGACAAUCAGCUCAAGUUCAUUGCUUGUCGUCACGGCAACCAGUAUGCAGUGGUCCCUGACCACAUCCAUGUCUUUGAUCACAGUGCCGAGACACGGCGUGAAUAUGGUGUCCCAUGACACCAUGGAGGGCUCGGAGAGGGGGGCCUUUAUCACCUGGAUAAGGGAGGCCCCGUGUUGGCGAGUAUGAUCAGGUUCCGCCUCCAGUGUUCCACGUGGUACAACAGUUCCGGCUGGCGCGCCUGAACCAGGGUGGGUUCUAGACGGGGGUCCGAGACGUCCACGAGCAGCACCUCGGAGCUGUUUCUGCUGCUGCAGGUGAUGCUCAGUGCAUGGCAGUCUCUGGAGAGGGACACCUCCACAAACACACUAAGGUUUGCCACUUUUGACCUCUUCACCAGGACGAGGCCCGCAUCCCUCAACCCCGAUAACACUUCAGAGGAACAGUGGGUGGAGUACAGAAGUGUCUUCUUUCCAGAGUACAGUGCUGUUCUCAGGGACGACCGGGGUCCUCUUCGAGUUAAUGAAGUGCUCAACAGCUUCGACAACACCGGCAAUGUCUGUGUGUGGCCAUCAGAGGAGGCCAUGGCUCAUUACUGCCUGCAGAACCGUCACAUGUUCACGGGCGCCGUUUGUGAGUUAGCAGGCGGGAUGACCUGCCUCGCUGGACUCAUGGUUGCCGUUUGUGCUGACGUGAAGGAAGUGUUGCUAUCAGACGGCAACGAGAAGUGCAUUCAGAAUGUACGAGGAAUUGUCGAGAGAAACAAGCAGGCAGGGAAGUUUGGGUCAACGCACGUCUCUACCAGAGUGCUGAGGUGGGACUGUGAACUGGACGUUUCGGCGUUAGAAGCCCAUUUCGACGUUGUCAUGUGUGCAGACUGUUUGUUUCUCGACCAGUACAGAAGCAGCCUGGUUGAUGCUAUAAGGAGAUUACUGCAACCCAACGGCGUGGCCUUUGUCUUCGCCCCACUUCGAGGUGACACCCUGCAGAUGUUCUGUCAGCUGGCCCAGCAGGCUGGACUCCUGGUGGCCCAGCACCGGCAGUACGAUGCUCAGGUGUGGGAUGUGCAUCUGAAGAUGCUGCAAGAAGGCAGAGAAGCGUACGACGAGAACAUCCACUACCCGCUGCUCCUCACGCUGACCAAAGGAGCGCAAGCUCAGUAAAGCAACCAAGUACGGACUCGGCUUUACACGUCGGUGGUGGUGAUAGCGGUGGUGUGAGCCUUAGCAUAUUAUCAACACUGUGAUCCGCUCGUGAUCCGAGUGAGGAUCGAUAUCGUCACGCGUCCUUCUUUUGGAGUCAACAUAUCUGUGAAGGAUACUAUGUGGCACUAAAGCUCUACUGUAUAGCGCUCAGCAAAUUUGGACUUUUUGACCCUUUUAAACGUUCUGGCCAUCAUCACCUCCCAAUGGGCCAUAAGCCAGUUCAUGAAUCAGUCACAUUAGUACCGGGCUACUGAACACAGUAGUUCCAUGGUGUAGAACCCCAUAGCAUAAUGACAUCAUACAUUUGCCCUUUUUUUAAACUAGAAUAGGUCCACAAUGUAAAAACUCGCUAGUAUUGUAAUAAAAGUCCUGAACCUAUAACGUAAAAAUUGUACUAUUGCCCUUAUCAUUACAUUACGUAACUGGCCUCAAUAAGAUACAAUUAAAAACUAAAGUGAUAUAAUUAUGGGCUCAGUUAUUACAUUGGCAAAUAUUUUUUGUCAUGGCCAAUAAUGUAAUAAGUUAUCACGUUAUUGGCCAAAAGUUAUUACAUUACAGGUUCAGGACUUUUAUUACCUUAUUGGCCAGUUAUUAAAUUAUGGGCCUAUUACAUUUUAAAAAGGGCAAAUGUAUUACGUUAUGGACCGUUAUUACAUUAUGGGCUGUUAUUACAUUAUGGGCUUCUCCUACACAUGGGACAAGGCACAAGUCACAACAACAACACACUCAUUGCCACAGCGCUGUUUUUGUUAGCUGUCAGUGUGCCUGAUUUCGUCUUUAAAAAAAUAUAUUUUGUAUUUUUCCCAAAGGUUUACAAAACAAAUUUGUAGUAAACCAAAGCCACAGAUGGCCCUGUAACUCUUAAAAGAAAAGGGGAAUCAUAUCGUCACUGUCGGGUGGAAACAUCUUAUGUCCAAAUUUGGUCAAUUUCAUGUUUUUUCACAUCUCGAUACUAUUAGUCAAGCCUCCACGUGGGUCUGUCAUUUUUCCAAACUAUUAACCAAUCCAAAGUAUUGGAAAUGGCUUGCUCUCUUUCAUACUGCAAUGUUAGAGGCUCAACAAACAUGAAAACUGAAAAGUAAUGGUUUUGGAGAUGUGAGGAGCCUGUUUUUUAUAAUGUACCUAUAUCAAAUUAGAUUAUAAAAUUGGCUAAAAUAAUACUUUUUCUCAAGUGUUGAUUUUCAAUAACCGAAAAUGCAGUUAACAUGUAGAUGUAGAAAACUAGAUGUGCUUUUAAAAAAUAUCUUUGUUUGUAUGUGGACUUGACACUUGCUUCUAGCCAUGCUUAUGUUUACCCAUUGCAAAAAGUAGUUGACAUAAAUGCAUAUUAGUUAUUGAAUUUAUUGCAUGUAGUAAAACUAUUUUUCCUUCUAUAACUUUGAGUGAGACAUUAUGAAUGACUCCUUCCUAUUCCAAAUGACUAGUUUUUGGGCUCCAUAAUUCACUGUGAUCCACAGCUGACCGGAGUCCAUGAAGGCCACAACAUUAGGUACACAUGCAGAAUCACACAACAAGAGCUGUGUGAAUUUUUAUUUUAUUUUAUUUUUUUUUACACAACCAAAAGUAGUUCUCUUUCAUAUUAAAAAGUAUUUUAUGGAAUUUUUCACAGAUACCAUGUUGAGUGAGUAAAAGAGUAAAAAUACAAAUAACUCCCCAGGGCCAAGUAUCGAACCACUGAACUUCCAUUUAUUGUGGGGACAUGUUCUAGACCCACCCAUGAGAGAUGAAAAUCUGUGAGACCAGAUUAAAAAAAACAAACAUUUUCUUUCAUAGUUUUACUUUUACCCCUGCCACAGGCUUUAAACACAUUUAAAUUUAUUAAAACACUUUUGAAAGUAUUACUUUGUACCUGUUGUCAUUCUCUUGUCAAGAAAUGGGAAACUAUCAUAUAACAUCACUUUAAGGAAACAAAAGGAAGACACUCGCUCGCACAAUUCUCCAAAUAAGAGGUUCAGCAUGCUUGCUACAAGCUCUUUAUUAGUUCCUCCUCACUGUAAAACUGUCACAUAAAUCAAAAGAGAAUUAAACAUCAAAAUGUUCAACCAAAACACAUACAUAAUUUUAUCUGACAAAUGUCCACGAGCUUAAUGCUAACAUAUUAUGUGAAAGACCAGAGAAGAUCGAAUUUAAAUUAGCAUAGAUGUUAAAAAAACAUGGACAGAAUCUGGGCAAAUAUUUAUGGGAAAAUAGAAAAAGAAAAUAUAAAUAUAUAUAUUUAUAUAUAUAUAUAUAUUAUUCCUAUUGAGACGGCAACUAAUUUUAAUAAUUGAUUAAUCUGUGCCUGUUCAAUUAACAAAUGAAUCUGAUUUUUAAAAAAGCUUACAAAUUUCCAUCACUUUAUUAAAAAACAGUACAUUAUUUCUAAUUCACAGUGCAGAAAAUGCACAAACAUAUAUUGUUUACGAUUCAGUUGCUGGCUUGAUCCAUAACAUGAAAAUAGGCAAAAAUGUUGGUAAAUGUUUUCCAAAUGUCUUAUUUAAGGAAAUUAAGGCGAUUGCAGUCUGCUUUACUAUUAUAAUACAUAUUUUAUUAAUGUUUACUGUUGUAAGGCUGUAAUUCCGAAUUGGACAAUUUCAAGUCAAGCAAGGUCUCAAAACGAUUAUCCAUUAAUUUGAUAAUCGAUUAGUUGUCAAUUAAUCAUUGCACCUCUGGUUUUUUUAUUAACAUUUUUGUUUGGAAACAAUAGAAAAGUAACCAAACUAUUUUUGACCCCACAACUCAGAAUUCUAUGCCAACUGACAAACAGAUACAAAAACACAAACCAAAACUGAGUUUUUGUUGUUGCUACCUUUGUUUGGCCUUGGCGGAGCUCUGCGCUCUGCCACAUAGCAUGACCUUGUGGUUCUAUACUGUAUACUAUCUGGUGAUUAUAUAGCAUUGCUAAAAUAGCACGUCUCACGGUGGCCGAAGACGUUUGCACAAUAUUGAUGCAACCGCGGUCACAACGAAUCAUUUGGCCUCGCUCCCCCCUCGCUAAUCCAGAUGAAUUCCAACACAAUGACCAUAUUGCUAAUAUUUGUUCCCCUUUUCACACGUCGCAAACGCCGCUCGGGGUCGAGUCCAAGCUGCUUUCCCAGCCUUGCACAGUGGAGGAUAAUAUCAUGUCGCAAUCCUCCAACGUGAUGACGUCAAGCAAUUUCUGGAUUAUUCUGGCAUUAUUUGUUUUUGUUUGUGUGUGUGUGUGUGUGUGUCAUUUAUGGGUUAUGUAUGCAACCGUGAAACUUGAAACGCUGUAACCGUUGAAGUCGAACGCCGAUGAGGUCGUACAAAAAUUGUAACAUUAAUGACAUCUCGUGUCUGGCCUUCAUUGUUGACAAUAUUAUAUUAACAGGGGGUUAACUUAUUUUGACAUUCAUAUGAUGGUUUACGAAAGGUUUUCUGAUGAUGACAGUUUGACCCUGAAACGUUAUUUACCAUUUCUCUGAUUUCCUUUGAGGAAAAAUUGUUCUAAAGUCCGAAAUCCUGCUUCUGACUGUAGAAGUUUCACUGUAUUUUCGAUAUCCCCUUUAGUGUGGUGGCCUUCUAUACAAGUUUUGGGUGUUAUUUACCUUGAGUUCACUGUUGUUAAUCAGCGCAAUAUCAUUUUAGCCAAUUAACAAAAAUAAAUAACACAUUUUGAGACAA